AGAUAGAUGUGCCGACUUGGUGGGGCAAAUCCGGAACAUAUCAUAACAGUCUUCACCGGGCCACCGGACAAGCUACAUAGAAUCUAUAGAUGAUUUUAAUUCGAGAAUUUUAUAUAUAGCCUCAGCGUAUAUGCAUUAUUAAAUUACAUACAUAUAAAAAUAUUUUUUAAAAAACAUUAAAAUAGUUUAUAAACCGUUAUACCAAGAUAAUAAUGUUGUAACAAUUAAUUCAAUUUUCAAGAAACAUAAUAAAAUUCUCAUGUGAUUUAUAAUGAUGUGAAGCUUUUUUAGUGAUGUAACUUAACAUUACAGUUUCUAGUGAUAAGUUAUUUUUUAACAAGGAUUCUGAAUUUUGGAGUCAUUAGUGAUUAUAGUUAUGAAGACGGAGAUCGUGAGAAGCGCUGAUUAUAUGGACAAUAAUCUUACUGAUAAUAUGAGUAAAACUCUUAGUGUUGUGAAUUGUAAUAAUAAUGACAGUGUGUUUGUAAUGGACUGUGGGGGUUGUGGAGAAAAUGUUGAAGAAAAAACUGUUCUUUGUGUAGGAGGACGUUCUUGGCAUUCAAAAUGCUUAAGGUGUUUCAUAUGUGCAAAGUCUCUACAUGAUCAUCACUCCUGUUUUCUAAGAGGCAUGCGACUAUAUUGUAGGCAUGACUAUGUCUUAAACUUUGGAACCAAGUGUGCAAAAUGCGGGAGAAAUAUGGGUGCCGGCGAUUGGGUAAGAAGAGCAAGAGACAGAGUUUACCAUUUAGCUUGCUUUGCCUGUGAUGCUUGUUCACGUCAGUUAUCUACGGGAGAACAUUUUGCCAUUCUGGACGCCCGAUUACUUUGCAAAACUCAUUACUUGGAUGUAAUAGAAGGCAAUAACAGUAGUUCUUCGGAAGAUUGUGAUUCUGAGCAUGGCGGUAAAUAUAAUAAAUCAAAAAGGGUUAGAACUACCUUUACAGAAGAACAACUGGCCAUUCUUCAAGCCAACUUUCAACUUGAUAGUAACCCUGAUGGUCAGGAUCUUGAGAGGAUAGCAAAUGUUACCGGAUUAACAAAAAGAGUAACACAAGUUUGGUUUCAAAAUUCAAGAGCAAGACAAAAGAAGCAUAAUGGAAAAGUUAAAACUUCAAUAUAUCAUUCUCCACCGUUACAGCACCAUGCAAGUGAUAUUUACGAAACUGGAAUGACUAUUAAAAGAACUAAUUUAGAAGGAUACCAAGGUGCAAUUGCUGAUAUCGAGAAUCCUAGUAGUCCAGACACCAUCGUGAAGCAUUCAACACAAACGACAGUUUUAACUUCAGCAUAUCGUCAAGUCCAUUAUGACUACCAGAGUGGUUAAUUGUUUAAGUUUCCUCUAAAAAUUAUGUAAAAUUUAGGACUCACAGAUACAUAACAAUUUACGUUUAUAAUGUUUGUUUUGUUGUAAAUAAAAAUUGUACAUAUUUAAAAAAAUUAA